AUGGCCAAAGACAACCCGACACCGGAACGAGCUCCGCCCUCACGAAGCCUCCCAACGACCGAAACCUGGUCCGAUCUGAACUAUGUAAACCAUCUCUAUCCGGAGAUCGGAACCCAUGAAGCCUAUUUGCAUCGCAGAACCUCCGAGGAUCGAGUUAUCGCAAAUCUUGAGAUCCAUCGACCUCCCCACCACAACACGCAUAGCCCACGUCGCGAAAUGCUUCUUGAGGGAGGAGUACAGUAUCACAAGGCGAUGUUACGGUGGCAUCAGAAACGGUUGAAAAGAGUGUUGCGAGAUGGUCUGGAUUCCGAUGCAAUUGAUACUUGGCCUCCUCAAGCACAAACCUCUAUGGAACAGAUAGACCCGGCACUUUUUGGGGUCCACGACGCUGUUGCAGAAGCCGUGGAAGCUACUGGCUCUGAACGAGUCUCUGAACUCCAGGAGGCUGCUGACUAUCAAUAUGCUUUGGAGGUACAGGCUGCCGAGUGGGUUGAGGCUCCUCCCCAUGGCCAACAAGGCCUUAGAUCCCCCGAAGCUCUUGACUACGAGCACACUCCUGCAACUCAAGAUGCCACCAGAGUUCAGAGCCCUGUUGAACCCGAACAGUCUCCCGAGUCACAACAGGAUACUGAAUCCGAGUCUGAUCAUGAAGCACAAGUCGCACGCCAGUUUCUUUUAGACAUGCAGGGCAUCGUGGCUGAGAAAGCCAAAGACGCUUAUUUGCCUGUGCCAGAAUUUGACCCUUUUGGUGAGGUUCGUGCUGCCCAGAAACCUCUGUAUCCAGAUCCCCUUUUGGGCAGGCCUGUUCUGGCCAGUGAGGUUGUCCAUGACCAGAUGCCACUUGAGGGCACGGGGCAGCCCGAAGAAACGAGAAAACGUGCCCACGUCAACGCACCGGUCUCCUCUCGGACGCGUGCAAAAACUCUAGCCCCGGUUGAGGGAGCAAGACCGAACACGCCGAUGAUCCCUGGAAAUGUCGAGGAGGAAGGGCAAGCGAGUCUACCUCAAGCCCUAGGCCUCCACGGUAUGCCAGAAGGAGAUCAGUCCGCAACUACUGUAAACCCAGACGUUUUAGCAACUGGUGGCGGCAGCUCAGAAACUCCACAGGUCCCCAGUUUGCAAGACCUCCAACCAUCAUCAGUGUUUCCUGGUGCCUUUUGGUCUGACUGGCUCUCAGAUUUCCCCCCAGCAUCAGGUCCUUCCCUUUCUCACUUCGAUUACAGACCACAGACUCCACCAGAGUUGCACCCUCAAUCCAAUUCUGGAUUUCACGGACAAAAUUACUCGUCCUCAUUGCGUCCCCAUGUUCCUUAUCCUGGAGAACAGUCAGAGACAUUUACGAGCACGUGGUCGCUAGCAGAUGAAAUUCGGAGAUCCAACGCGAUGUCAGCUGCUUCCAGUGGCAAUCCGAACGUGGACAUGUCGCUCGGGGCGACAACGGCACCUCCAUCAUACAUGCCGGAAAGCCGCCGUGGAAUUAAACUCACAUUCUCUCUAGCCAAAAAUUAUGGCCCUCCUGGUCUUGGUCCGGACGCGGACGAAGGUCGUCCGAUUACACCGCCAGCGCCAGGGUACUGCCGUAAGACUUACGUUGAGAAAUCAUUAGCAGAAGAAUUCGGAAUUAUACUCGACGAAAGCUCAGGCAGUGAGUUAGAGGAUGAACCAGAGGGCGAACAAGAAGGAUUCUCGACCGAGUCUGGUUCCGACUCCAAUUCCAAUUCCGAGUCCGGGUCUGAGAGGUCUCCUAGGCCCAAAGACGAUAGUCCCAAGACACGUGCCAGAAAAGCCUUGGGGCCAAUCAGUCCGAAAUCGCACGCGCGUUACAUGGCGGCCAACAAGGAUCCCGCAAAACAUAUCCCCGAUCCUGCUAUCAUAGCAAAGCUGCAAAAGUUGGCCAGAAAAGAUCUCAAGCGCAAGGCCAAGAAAGAGAACCGUGAGGCUGAAGAGGCAUCGCCCAAAGCCAAAAGCAGAAGAUUGGGGCCAAAAAGGACGUGA